AUGGACUGUAGAGCCAGUAGCGACUCUGUGGGCUCCAGGAGAUGGCUUGUAGUUAAAGACAAGCGAUUAAAUGUGUCACGAAGUAUGACCACAAGAAACUUAGGUACGGUAUUGAAAGGAUUACAAUUGAGUGCUAACAAAGAGGUUUCGGAUGUUUGUCAUGAUUUCAUAUCAAACCAAAGGAGAUACAAUUGUUCAUGUUUCCUACAUGGGAUGCCAGAUUCCAGGGGUUACGACAGGCACACCAGAGCUGGCAACGCGACACAACCCGCAGGACGUGCUCCUCAGGCUCGGCCAAGCAUCAGACAAACUCCCGGAGUGCCCACCAGCAGUCGCACGUCUAAUGUGAAACUUUCAUUUGUAUCUAUGUCUUCAGCAGCGGGGCUGGUCUUUGAACUGAUGGUCAUAAGCCUUUUCCACCUCGACCACGGCUUCAUCAGUUUGUUAGACAAAAUACCCGAGGUAUACAGGAAAAGAGAAGUCAAACCCAUCAACACAUCACGACCGGAAGAUGAUAUUGAAGAAGGGAACAACCUGUCACUCUUGGCUGUUGCGGCAUCCCAAAAGCUGGAGGCUCAAGGUUAUGCUGAUACACCCAUUAGUGAAUCUCAUGAGCUUACCCCUGUGUCUGGGCUACACCACACUCCCAUCAAGAGGGAGCACACCACUGCGAUACUCGGCAUGCCCUCAGUUGGAAGCAUCUCGGCCCCACCGGAUUAUGCCACGCCUUUGACCAUAGAAACGUCGCCUGGUCCUCCGUCUACUCCCAGCACUGAUACGGCCUCAGAGGCAGGAAGCGCUUUCAACUCUCCACUGGCAAGCAGUGGAUCAAUGCAGAGCAGUCCAACCACCAGUUGUGAAUACCAGCAUCUGGUUGUUGUCCGCCUGACUCCUGCUGCUCCUCCUGUUGCCCUGGUCGCUCCCUCACCCGUCACCACAGCUCUUCCUGUUACAUCUACUACUAACCCAGGUUCAACUCCCACUAGUGCCCCAUCAAGCUUUGCUGGAUCAUUUGACACCCCAAACCGUGGAGAUCUCCCUACCACAGUUACAGAAUCACUGCACACAGUUGCUAAGAGGCUGGAGUUUGAAGAGGGAAAUUUCAAUAAGUUUACCAGUGAGGAAGAUCCCCACACACCACUGAGCUCUCGUGAUGAGUCGCCACUGUUUGAGGGCGACAUCAAAGCAGAUCCAAUGUCAUUAGACCUCUUGGACAGCUGUAAUAACCAAGCCUUUAGUUCUGAAAGCUAUGAAUCAAGUGGAUUGGGGUCAGAAAUCAACAUUAGGCAAGAGAGUAAUGAAAUGAAGGAGGACAUAGACUAUAAUACAAAAUAUAAAAGUGAGUGGGAUUCAGAAUAUGGACAAUCCUUAGAAGAUGGAAAAUUUGCACCCACAGACCUCCUUACACUCAUCAAUGUUCUAGGAACAGAAAUAACUACAUGUGAAAACCUGCUCAAGGAUGAACUUGAUAAACGGAAACGUUACAAGAUUGAUGAUAGCAGGAGAACUCAUAAUUAUGAUCAGUUCAUCAUCACAUUCCUGGCUAUGCUGGCAGAGCAAGGAAAAAUGGGAGACCUCGUGAAACAGCAACUACAACCACCAAGAAAGAGACCAGCCCCGGCACCUACUACUCCUCGAGGGUCCAAAGCUUCUCUAAAGAAGACAGAGUCCAAGACAUCUCCCAACGCAGCUUCCAAAAAACGUGGCAGAAAGAAAAAAGCCAAGGGCAAAAGGAAAAGAUGAAAAGAACUGAAGAGGGCAUAUCAGUUCAGUACACCAAGGACAAAAACAAUUUUUUUUUACAAAAGCACCUUUAUGUAACAUAAUCCUUAAUAUGAGAAGUAGGCAAAGCUUAUAACUAUAAAUUAUAUCCAAAAUUGUAAACAAAACAUUAACAUUUAUAAUUCUGUAUUAAUAAUACAAAUCACUCUUUAA